GUCGAACUUGUUGCCUGCGGUUGUAUGGUUGUACUUGUCAUUCAGACAUCCCAGGAAUUCAACACGACUCGGUACGAGCCAGCUCGGCACGACAAGGACAUUUUAAGUGAAACUCGCGUCCUUGUUGCCGUGUAAAGUCAAGGAGAACCGUUUGGGGUCAAAAUAGGACAACUGUUGAGAAGAGCGGCAGCUGCAGACACUGCAUGCAGAUGUGAGGUCAGACAUCACAGAUCUCUGCUACCCUUUGCUGCAACCCUGGACAGAGCGACAUCCUCUUCAUCCCCUUCAUCGUCAUCAUACAUGCUCUUACAUGAAGAGAGGAGGGGAGAAACCCGAAGGAUACAGACAGAUGAGACCCAAAACGUUCCCCGCCAGCAACUACAGCGGCAACAGCCAGCACAUGCUGCAGGAAAUACGGAACAGCCUGCGCAACUUGUCCAAACCCUCGGACCCGCCUAAAGUGGACGCUGGAGGAGCUGGAAAAAUGCUUCCUGAGGACCCGAGGCAACAGGGGCGCUGCAGCAACCCCAAAAACCCCUACCACAAGGCCUUACAGGAGAUCCGCAAAUCCCUGAUGCCUUUUGCCAACGAGCCCGGUACUUCCGGCCCUGAGGUGAACAAACACAUGUUGUUGGAAUCCCCCUGUACUGGAUUUGAGGAGAGCAACAGGAGUAUUGGGGCAGUUAUAGACUUCACAGGUAAGGUAAGCUACCAGGACUCCAAGAGGGACCAGAUGGCCAACCCCAACAGCACAGGUCUGAAAGCCCCAGGAGGUCAUAUCCAGCAGGCUGUGCUGAGGAGGCCAAGCUGGAAAGGCUCUAAGGAGUCUUUGGCGCCUCGACACGGUCCUCUCAUGGUGGAUGGAAUGAUGUACCGCUCAGACAGCCCCGGACCACCAUCUGCCUUCCAGCAGGGUCACCUUGCUAACGGCCAGAGAGUCAAUCCUCCACUGCCACCUCAGGUGCGCAGUGUCACACCUCCACCAAAUCGUGGUGGUAUGCCUCCUGCAUCCUCCCGGGACAGCAACCCACGCUACCCUGGCAACAUGGAUUACCUUGUGCCCCGCAUCUCUCCGGUACCCCAGGGGGCUUGGCCUGAUGGUUACCAAUCAUCGGCACCUCAGAAUCAGCGUGGGAUCAGCCCAGUUCCUGGGGGCCACCAGCCCAUCAUAAUGCAGAGCUCUGGGGGGAAUAAGUUCACCUUUCCCUCCAGCUGGUCUCAGAAUGGCUCUCCUCAGCCAGACUACAUGGUUGGGGGUAGCAGACAGCCUCCCCCCCCAUACCCGGUUAACCAGAGCAGCCGUCACAGUCCCACUGACCAGCAGAUGCAGUCGGGAGGACCUUCAUCCUCUCCCUCUUACGUCAACGGUGGGAACAUCCCUCAGUCCAUGAUGGUUCCUAACCGGAACAGUCACAACCUUGACAUGUAUAACAUAGGACCUCCUCAGUCCUGGUCCCAAGCUCCUCUGAACCCCAACCAGCCCCAGUCUUCCUCUGGCAAUAGCAGCAACCAGGAUCUGUCGCCGUCGUGGCAGCACAACAUGCCGGUCCGCUCCAAUUCCUUCAACAACCACCAGCUGAACAGCAGACCGUCCCACCCAUCCAGCUCCCAGCCAUCUGCCACCACAGUCACUGCCAUUACCCAGGCUCCCAUCCUGCAGCCAGUCAAAAGCAUGCGUGUCCAGAAACCUGAGUUACACACUGCUGUCGCUCCUACACACCCUCCAUGGAUGCAGCAGCCGCCACCGCCUACAACUGCACCUGCUUACCCAGAACCCCCAGCCCCUGUACCUCAGAUCCCUGUUGUAGCAGAAGCUCCCAGCUACCAGGGCCCCCCUCCUCCCUAUCCUAAACAUCUCCUCCAGCAGCAGGCUGCACCCUGCCCCCCUGCCUACGAUCCAGGGUCCAAUAAGCUCAGCACAGGCAGAGAGCAGCCCGCUGAAGACGAGAGCAGUGGAGGCGACAGCUCCCGAGACAAGACCACGGACAGCCCCGAAAGCACCGCAGCGACGGAGAAGGAGAAGAAGCAAAUCACAACUUCGCCUGUUCCUGUCCGCCGCAACAAGAAAGACGAAGAGCCGAGAGGGGAGUCCGGAAGGGUCGCGCUGUACUCACCCCAGGCCUUUAAGUUCUUCAUGGAGCAACACGUGGAGAAUAUCCUAAAGAACCAUCAGAUGAGGAUUCGGAGGAGGAAGCAGUUGGAAAGUGAGAUGCAAAGGGUGGGUUUGUCUUCAGAAGCUCAAGAGCAGAUGCGUAUGAUGCUCUGCCAGAAAGAGUCCAACUACAUUCGGCUAAAGCGAGCCAAGAUGGAUAAAGCCAUGUUCAAACGAAUCAAGACCCUUGGCAUCGGAGCAUUUGGUGAGGUGUGCUUGGCCAGAAAAGAGGACACGGGAGCGCUGUACGCCAUGAAAACGCUCCGUAAGAAGGACGUGCUGCUGAGAAACCAGGUGGCCCACGUCAAGGCUGAGAGAGACAUCCUGGCUGAGGCAGACAACGAAUGGGUGGUGCGUCUUUACUACUCUUUCCAAGACAGGGACAACCUGUACUUUGUCAUGGAGUACAUUCCUGGAGGGGACAUGAUGAGUCUUCUCAUCCGGCUCGGCAUCUUCAAAGAAGAGCUGGCCCAGUUCUACAUUGCAGAGCUCACGUGUGCUGUGGAGAGUGUCCACAAGAUGGGCUUCAUCCACCGAGACAUCAAGCCUGAUAACAUCCUUAUUGACCGAGAUGGACAUAUAAAACUCACUGACUUUGGCCUGUGCACCGGCUUCCGCUGGACGCAUGACUCCAAGUAUUACCAGAGUGGUGACCAUGUGAGGCAGGACAGCAUGGACUUCAGUAAGGAAUGGGAAGACCCGACCAACUGCCGCUGUACAGACCGUCUGAAGCCUCUGGAGAGGAGAAAGGCCCGGCAGCACCAGCGCUGUCUGGCACAUUCACUGGUGGGGACGCCUAACUAUAUAGCACCAGAAGUGCUGCUGCGAACAGGAUACACCCAGCUCUGUGAUUGGUGGAGUGUUGGCGUCAUCCUGUAUGAAAUGGUUGUUGGGCAGCCUCCCUUCCUAGCAACCACACCCCUGGAGACACAAAUGAAGGUGAUAAACUGGAAGAGCAUGCUCCACAUUCCUCCGUCUGCCAAGCUCAGCCCCGAGGCGUCGGAUCUCAUCGUUAAAUUGUGCCGCAGCCCCGAGGACCGCCUCGGCAAGAACGGUACGGAUGAAAUCAAAGCUCACCCUUUCUUCAAGACCAUUGACUUCUCCAGCGACCUGCGGCAGCAGAUGGCGCCGUACGUCCCCACCAUCGCUCACUCCACAGACACCUCCAACUUUGACCCCGUGGACCCGGAUAAACUGUGGAGCAGCGGCGGCGAGGGCGACCUCAACGACACCCUCAACGGCUGGUUCCGCAAUGGCAAACAUCCCGCGCAUGCCUUCUACGAGUUCACCUUCCGCCGCUUCUUCGACGACAACGGCCACCCGUACAGCUGCCCCAAACCCAUCGAGUACGAGGGUUAUAACGAGGACGAGGCGGACUCGGAGGGCCCGGGGCAGGAGGCAGCCGCGACCUCAGCGACUCAGGGCCGAGACUUGGUCUACGUGUAGCGUCCGAGGCUGGCUGAGCUCCGUGUACAUAGCGAGGGCGUUGGUGCGUGAGAGAAGGGGAAUGCAACGGUACAGCGCUCAAACAUAGGAAAGUCUGUUUGUUGGAGCAGUCAGAACACUCUGCAGCACGUUAACAGACCUUGAUAUCGAGACUUUAAGUGCACACUACAAAUUAAAAGAAUAGUUAGGCAUUCUGGGUAACGUGUUUAUCUGCUUUCUUGUCAAGAGUUGGAUCGAUUCCACUCUCGUGUUUCAGGUGUAUAUGUAGAGCAGCCGCAGCGAGUCAGAGGCCGAGCCGGGCCGGGCUAGUUGUUUCCCCCUGCUUCCAGUCUUCAUGCUAAGUCAAUUAGCGUGGUAUUGAUCUCCUUGGCUUCCUCUUGGCAGGAGAGCAAAUAAGCGCAUUUUCCCAAAAUGUUGCUUUUUAGGUGUGAAAGGUACACUGUACGAUGUUUUGCUGCCUCAGUAACAGAAAGCAGAAAUAAAAUCAGGGUGCUCUUUUUUUUGAGGACAUUGCAAACUCCCCUUAAAGCCUUAAUUUAUUUAAGAAUAUUGUAACUGGUGAUGCUAGUGUAGAUGCUGUUUGAGUGUGGGAAUGUUUGUUGUUGGAAUUUACAUUUAUUGGUUAAACAAAUGUCUUAAUUUAUAUUUUAAUGUCUGUUGCAAUGGGGUUUUAGGGUUGUGACUCAUAGAACUUUGCAGGGAUAAAUUGCUCUAAUUAUUCGUUGCUGUGCCUUUUUUUUAAUUUUUUUUUAUCUUUCACCAAAUAUAAAGAGGAUUAAUAAUCAGAUUGGCAUUUUAAAAUUGAGAGUAGCAGUAGCUGAUCGAACUACAGUAGGUGUUUGUUUUUAUUUUUCUAAUUUAUGCUUAAUGUAUUUAUAAAUUAAGUUGUACACAGUUGAUGUAAAUAUUUUUUCUCUUCCCUGUCAGCUGAUUUUUUUCCUUAGGGCAGGCCCUUGUUACUGUCUGCUGCUGCUGCCUUCUGUUGAUAUGAUGUGUGAUUUUCUGUCUCAUUCACCCAAAACACAUACAAACACUAAAUCACAGGACGCUGAUUAGAUCUCGUCUCUCCACCAAAGCACUAAAUAGGUGGGUUUUGACUUUUUAUUUGCAAUAAUCCACGUUUAGUAAAGAAA